AUGUCGUGGCAGUCCUACGUCGACGACAGCCUUGUUGGCAGUGGUUUCAUGCACAGCGCAGCGAUCGUUGGUCUUGCUGAUGGGAGUUACUGGGCGUAUGGAGGAACAUAUGUGCCGCAGCCUGAGGAGGUAACACACAUUCUCAAGUGUCUGGAGAAUUUCUCGCUCGUACAAAGUUCCGGUGUAACCAUCUGUGGUGUCAAGUUCUUCGGUCUUCAGUCAGGAUCCGAAGGUCAGAUGAAGUACAUAUUCUUUAAGAAAGGAGCCGCAGGGGGUUGCAUAUACACUUCCAAACAAACUGCUAUUAUUGCUGUUUACGGCAACCCUGGUGAUGCAUCAGCCUUGCAGCAGGAUCUCCAGAAGACCGAAGCUACAUAUGUGGCUGUCAAUCCGGCAGACUGCAACACGACAGUAAAGAGAAUUGCGGAGUAUUUGAUUAGCUUGGACUACUGA